CUUGUAGUGACUUAUUGUAACAGAUAGGCAAUAUCUGAUAGCCGAGAUUUAAUAUAUACUCGGGCGGAAGCAACGCUUCUGCAAUUCCAAAGUAUUUAAACUAAAAGUACAAAAGUUGCUGUAACAAUGUCCAAUUUGCCUGUGCUGAUCAGCCGUGAAGAGGUUUUGCGACUUCUGCAUAAUAAUUCUGACUUAAUUCCGAUGCUGGAGAGUGCAAUGGGAAUGUUUUCUAAACGGAACAGUACAGAGAUCAUCCAACCACUGCGGAUAACUGUCCCGCUUCAAAGAUACAAUGGAUUUCUUGGGUUAAUGCCUGCAUAUGUAGUUCACGAAGACAUUUUAGCCACUAAGAUGGUAUCCUUCUACCAGCGAGACCAGGACUCCCUUUUGCCUGCACAUCAGGCGACUGUGUUGCUUUUUGAUCCAGAACGGGGUGAUGUAAAAGCUGUCAUGGACGGGACAGCCAUCACAGAAAAAAGGACAGCAGCAAUUUCAGCUAUUUCUACCAAACUGCUGAUGCCACCCAAAGCAGAGGUGCUGUGCAUUCUGGGCUCUGGCGGUCAGGCUGUCAGCCAUUAUGAGAUCUUCACACAAAUGUUCUUCUUCAAAGAGAUACGUGUGUGGAGUAGGAGGAGGGAGAGAGCAGAGCAGUUUGCCAGGGCUGUCCAUGGCCCUGUGACAGUGUUUUCCUCUGUGAAGGAAGCUGUGGAGGGGUCUGAUGUCAUAAUCACAGUUACUAUGGCAAAAGAGCCUGUCCUGCAGGGUGAAUGGGUGAAGCCAGGUGCUCAUGUGGCCGCGGUGGGAGCCUGCCGGCCAGACUGGAGGGAGCUGGAUGAUGCUCUGAUGAGAGAGGCCGUGGUGUACGUGGACAGUAGAGAAGGAGCCUCUAACGAAUCAGGAGAUAUUAUUCUCUCUGGGGCCAGUAUAUUUGCAGAGUUGGGUGAAGUUAUCAAUGGGACUAAACCAGCCCAAUGUGAGAAAACCACUGUAUUCAAAUCCCUUGGGAUGGGAAUUCAGGAUGCAGUAUCUGCAAAGAUUGUGUUUGACCAGUGGAAGAGCCAACAGUGAAGGACUCCUUUCAAGGUCCCACAAAGGGUUUUUCUGCAACGACAUCAACUAUAACACUGAGAUUUACAAGACUGUGCUGUGACCAGCCUAUGCCUGUCUGCUAAACGCCAACUAAUCUAUUAGCAGCAUUCCGCAUAUCAACAAAUUAAUCUUGAAAUUAAAACGCAAUAAAAUAUUUUAAAGCCCAAUGUUUAUUUACUAUUUCAUACACAAAAUACUGUAUCAUUUCUGAUUCAUGAUCUCUUUUGUCAUGAUCUUUAUAUGAUUAUUUUGGUAAGGGCGUGUGUGCCAUCUACUAUCACUAUUAUAAAAAGCUUUGAUUGUUUCUAGUUGCAUACGGUAUCAGUGAAUAUUAAUGUGAAAUGUAGCAUUACAUGGACUGAAAUGAAACGCAUUGAGCAUGUAAUUUGUAAUAAAUUCUACUUCUUAACA